AUGGAACCAAGGAACAAUGUAACUUAUUUUGUACUUCUGGGCCUCACACAGAAUCCAAAGGAGCAGAAAGUCCUUUUUGUGAUGUUCUUAUUCUUCUACAUCUUGACUCUGGGGGGAAACCUGCUCAUUGUGAUGACAAUAACUGUCAGUAAGACCUUGAACUCACCAAUGUACUUUUUUCUUGCUUGCUUAUCAUUUAUAGACCUAGUUUAUUCCUCUUCUAUUUCCCCCAGAUUGAUCUCAGACUUGUUCUUUGGGAAAAAUACUAUAUCGUUGCAAACUUGUAUGACCCAGCUAUUUACUGAGCGCUUUUUUGGUGGAUCAGAGAUCAUUCUUUUGUUGGUGAUGGCCUAUGACCGCUAUGUGGCCAUCUGUAAGCCCUUGCGUUAUUUGGUUAUCAUGAGGCAAAGGGUUUGUGUUGUGCUGCUGGUGGUGUCCUGUGUUGGAGGUUUUCUGCACUCAGUAAUUCAGCUUAGCACUAUUUAUGGGCUCCCAUUCUGUGGCCCCAAUGUCAUUGAUCACUUUAUGUGUGACAUGUUCCCCUUAUUGAAACUGGUCUGUACUGACACCUAUGUCAUUGGCAUCUUAGUGGUGGCCAAUGGAGGAUUGAUGUGCACUGUUGCAUUUCUAUUCUUACUCAUCUCCUAUGGAGUCAUCUUGCACUCUCUAAAGAACCUGAGUCAGGAACAGAGGCAGAAAGCCCUUCAGACCUGUGGUUCCCACAUCACUGUGGUUGUCUGCUUCUUUGUUCCCUGUAUUUUCAUGUAUGUAAGACCUGCUAAGACUUUCCCUAUUGACAAAUCAUUGAGUGUGUUUUAUACAGUCAUAACCCCUAUGCUGAACCCAUUAAUCUACAGUCUAAGAAAUUCUGAGUUGACUAAUGCUAUGAAGCAGCUCUGGAGAAAAAAAUGUCAUCUCAAAUGGUAA